GUACAAUAUUGUUUUGGUCCUCCUCCUAGACAGCUAGGUGCUCUGUUUCAUCUGCCACAUUUCUACUGACUGCUCAAGGAAAUGAAGAAGCUUUUCGAUGAUUUUAAGAGAGACAUUAAAUUUAAAUCCGCAGGACCUGGAAAAAAGCUAACAGAAGAUACCAGCACCAAGCCGGAGGUGUCGCAGAGCAGCUCCAGUGCCAAGCAGCAGGACCGCUAUGCUCCCAGUGAAGGAGCUCAGAGGGCUGGAGCCGCAGCUCUGGCCAGGAUUGAACAGCAGUCACGGCCGAAGGUCCACACCUCUCACGACGCCAUCAGGAACCAGGUCAAAAGAGAACUGGAGGCAGAGGCAGCUUCAUUGGCUGAGAAAGAUAAGGCAGCAGUAGCAGAGGAAUCCAAAGUGCCAGUGAAAGAUCCCGCCUGUCUUUCAGUGUCAGGUGUGUAUUUCACCUGUCCACUAACGGGGGCCACUUUAACUAAGAGUGAGAGGGAAAUACACAUUAAAGAGGCCAUUUUAAUGCGGUUUGAGGAGGAUGCAGUUGAGGCCUCUGUUAUGAUGAUCCAUACGUUUAACAAAGACAGAGAGAAAGUGAAAGCUGCUGUGGACAUCAUAAGCAAGUAUGUCGAUAAUAUAUGUAAGUGUCCCUCAGAGGAGAAAUACAGGAAGAUUAAACUCAGCAACAAGGUGUUCCAGGAGAAAGUACGUUCUGUGGAGGGCAGUAGAGAGUUCCUGCAGGCCUUGGGCUUCACAAGCAUUAUGCUUCCUGUAGAGGGUCAAGAGGAGGAAGAGGAGUUCCUCGUGCUACCAGAGCAGAGUUCCGACGCCCUGGAGUUGAUGAAGGAGAGGAGGGAUCGUCUUCAGAGAGGAGAGCCGGUCAGAGCUCAGCUGGACAGACAGCCCCAAGCUUUCAGACCCUCUCCCAACGCCCAACGCUUCGAGCUGCCGCCAGAGUUCUACAACCUGACGGCAGAGGAGCUCAAGAGGGAGCAACAGCAGAGGAGUGAUUUGGUGGAGAAGAACGCCAUGCUGCGCACAAAAGCCAUGAGGGAGAAGGAGGAGCAGAGGGAGAGAAGGAAAUACAACUACACCCUGCUCAGGAUCAGACUGCCUGAUGGAAACCUGCUACAAGGCACCUUUUAUGCGUGGGACCGGCUGCCUGUGUUGUUUGGGUUUGUACGGGAGUCCCUGGUGGACGGCUGGCAGCCAUUUGAGCUCAUUGCUCCUGGAGGUCAGAAACUAGAGGAGGCUGAGGAAGUCGCUCUCGCAGAGCGUAACUUGGUCCCUGCAGCUCUGCUCACUUUUGCCUGGGAUGCAGCUGUGCAGGCAGAUAUUGCAGCUGCAGGUGGGAAGAGCCCCACCCUUCUCAAACCAGAGCUGCUGGAAACCAUUCGAACCCUGAACUGAGCAGACGUGCCCCUGAACUCUCCGUGCUACCUUCCUCCCUGGCACAACAGCGGUGAAAUUGCUCCUUACAAACAACUAGUGAUGUGUAUUUUUACAAAUGCUAACUUAAGUCAUUAGCAGUGAUAGACUAGGGGCAACUUCACCCUGACGCGCUUGUUUUGCUGAGCAUCCCCUUAUCUCUCCGCUGUGGGGAUAAUGUCCCCCUACAGUCUAUCUCAGCAGCACAUUCUGUUGAAAGACGCACUGCUAACAGAUUUAAGGAGAAAGCAAGGGACAAGUGUUGUUUUGUGAUGCAUCCUGAAUGUACAUGCUGUGUAGUGAACAGACUCAGUGGCAACAGUCCUCUGUGCUCUACCCCACAGUCAACCAGUCAGGUAUACUUCAUGUGGCAUGUUGAGAGACCUUGUUUUAACUGUGUCACCUUUUCCUCCUGAUUUUGUUUCAAGGUAAACAGUCUAUCUUGCUUACAUAACAGUUACAUUAUAUAGAGUGUACAUCUUUGACUGCACAGUCACUUAGAAGAAAAUCAACAAUAGUGAAGGCAAGUAAAGCUGGUCAGGUACUAUUGUUGAAUCAUACUUAGUAUCUCAGCACCUACAGUAGGUCCUGCUGGGUGUCAGCGCACUGGCUUUACUGGAGAUUUGAAAUACUCUACGUUUUGUUUGGCAAAGUUCAAGGUUAACUCAGUGUUUUGUCUGUCAACUGAUGAAUGGCUGAUCUGAUUUGGUCUGAUAUGAGUCUGGCUCCAGUACUGUAAACAUAAGCUUCUGUCACUCGUUUGUCCUCUUCUCUGCAGUGGCCUUGCACUCCUGACUGUUGUACAUCUGGCUUUGGUGGAUGCUUCAAUAAUUAAAACGUCAAAUGUAGUGAA